UCAUUCUUCAUACAUGUGCUCUUACAUCGCGUGAAAUAUUGCAAUAUAUUUUUUUUAAUAUAGAGGAAAAUGUGUGGGGUAAUAUGUGGUGUAACAACCACAGUAAUAGGUGUGGUGUUAGUGAUCGUUAGUACAGUACUGACUUUUGUUUUCGUCCCCGGUGUGAUUGAGGACUUGAUCUUAAAUGAGGUAGUCCUUUUAGAUGACACAGAGCAAAUGGAGAGAUUUCAAGAAAUACCUUUUCCUCUAAACUUUACAAUCAGAUUCUUUAACAUAUCGAAUACUGAAGAAGUUCUUGCGGGCGGAGUACCCGACUUGGUAGAGGUCGGACCUUACAUAUACAAAUCAUAUCAAUCGAGAGAAGUGGAGAGUAAGGAAGACGAUACGAUCAGCUAUCGAUAUAUGGAACGGCUCGAAUUCGAUGCUGAGAGUUCGUACCCCUACACAGAGGAUGACGUAGUGACCAUCGUGAAUCCACCAUAUCAUCUUAUUCUACAAGUAGCAGAGAAGUCAUUUCCCGACUUAAUGGGUAUCAUAAACUCUGCAAUGACCGGAGUGUUCGGAAGAUAUAGUAAUCCUAUAGCCGAUGUCAAAGUCCGUGAUUUGCUGCUUGAUGGUAUUAGAUUCUGUGAAAACCCCGGUCUCAUUGCUAGCAUCGUCUGCUCUCAGAUUAGAACCAUCGGGGCUACUUCUAAUAACUUGGUUGUACAAGAGGAUGGUUCUAUUAUAUUUGCCCUUCUUAUAUCAAGAAUACAACCCAGCAGUGUGUACAAGGUGCACAGAGGUAUUAACAAUCCAGAGGACUUGGGACGCAUCAUAUCUCUAAAUGAAACGUCGCGGUUCUACUAUUGGGUUGACGAGGAGGAAGGAAAACCGAGCGUUUGCAACAUGAUCAAUGGAACCGACUCUAGUAUAUACAAUCCAUUUGUUGAUAUCACGAAAUCACUGUUCGCCAUCAACACAGACAUAUGCAGGUCCGUAGAACUGCGGUAUCAGUACGAUAUUGACUACGAGGGUAUACCGGGAUACAGGUUCUCUGCCAACGAAUGGUUCUUGGACAAUGAUGAUGGUUGUUUCUGUCUCAAUUUAACAAGUGGAAUAACCAGAGAGGAUGGUUGCUUACUGAGAGGUGCUGCGGAACUUUACAGUUGUGUAGGUGGACCCAUGGUUCUGUCGUAUCCGCAUUUUCUAUACGCUGACCCAAUUUACGCUAAAGGUGUUAAAGGCAUGAACCCAUCCGUUGAAGAUCACAGGAUAUUGCUUGAUAUAGAACCUAACACUGGAACAGUUUUGAGAGGUGCAAAAAGAGCUCAGUUCAAUAUAUUUCUUCGUCCUAUUAUUUCAAUAACAGCAACAGAAAACUUUAACAGCACAUUAACACCUAUUGUUUGGCUACAAGAGAGUGUCCUAUUACCAGAAGAAUACGUGGAUCAGCUGAAGAAUCGAAUGCUUAUGCCUCUAAACUUAGUUAGCAUCUUGCUACCCAUUGUAAUUGCUUUGUGCAGCGUGGUCGUUGUAGUUGGAGUGGUGAUCUUCGUUAGAGCUAAAUUGCUUAACAAAUCACCCUCAAUGACUACUACAACAUAAAUACAGUAUGAUUGUUACUGCAAAAGUCCGAACUCUGGUGAUUCCCAAGAUUUACCAACUAGCUAUAAUCAACGUUACAUUUUAAAAUAACU